GCAGGGGCAGCCACAGCUGCUCUGGGCACCCUGUGCCAGGGCCUGACCACCCUCGUGCAAAAGAACUUUUCCCUAAUAAAAGUUACUUUGUGUUUCACCCUGUCAAAGAUCACCAAGCUUUGGUCUCUGUUUGGAAACAAGCUGUGAAUCCAAGCAUCACCUUUCCAAUGUGCCAUCCUGAGGGAAAACGGGUGAAUUCCUCACCUUUGGGGUGUUCUCCCUGGAUGGGAUUUAGUAACAGGUAGCAGAAAGGCUCAUUGUGCUAGCUAAAUUAAUUCCUAAAUUGCUGCUUGAGCUGUUGCCGUGUUUAGAGAACACCAGGACCCGUGGAUUCACAGGAUUGCCAGAAAAAGGACCCGAAUGUGGCUGUGACCAUGGCCAUGACUGUGACUGUGGCUGUGUCCACAGACACUCUGAGCUCAGCCCAUGUGAGCUGGACUCCGUUUGGCUCCUGCCAUAACCCAGAUAAGGAGCUGCUCCCUGCUCACGCCUCUCGGCCUUUUUAUCUCUCGCUGAGCUCCCAUUGCUGGCCCCUACAGCUCCUGUGCUGCUGGUGUGAGGGCACAGGGACAGUCCCACAGGGCACAGGGACAUCCCACAGGGCACAGGGACAUCCCACAGGGCACAGGAACCGCAGGAAUCUCUCCUGAGCUGCUGCUCCAUGUAGUGCAUGAUGCCUUCCCGCUACCUGAGCUUCCGCUGCAGCGUGCCCUGGCUGAUCCUUGUGCUGCAGGCUCUGCUCCUCCUGCGCUCCUUCUUCGGCUUCCCGGGUGUCAGUGACAACUAUUCCUCAUCCAGCCCCUGUUGUCCCUACCCAGAAUUUCAAGAUGUGAACCACAUGGUGAUUUUUGGAUUUGGCUUCUUCCUGAUGGUUCUGAGAAGAUAUGGCUUUAGCAGCACUGGGUUCAACUUCCUGCUCGUUGUUCUUGGUGUCCAGUGCUCUGUGCUGGCAGAAGAUUUAUUAGUUUUCCUUAGGGGAGGGCGAAAUGUAGCUGGUUUGGAAAGACUAGCAAAGGCUUUUGUGAGCGUGACUGCUGUGGUCAUCUCCACUGGGGCUGUCCUGGGCAGGGCCAAUCCUGUGCAGCUCAUUGUCAUGACCCUGGUGGAAUUAAUCUUCUUCUAUGUGAGCAGAUACAUCAACGAGACAUUCCUGGAGGUCCCUGAGCACCUCACUGGGACGCACGUGUUCCUCUUUGGAGCCUACUUUGGCCUGGCACUCGCCUCCCGCUUCCCUGAGGCUCCCCCGGGGCUGGACAAGGACAGGAGCACCCCAAAGUCAGAGCUGUUCUCAGUGCUGGGCACUGUGUUUGUCUGGGUGUUCUGGCCGAGCUUCAAUUCUAUCCUGCCUUUAUCCAAGAUGCAAGCAGUGCUCAACACCUACUUGGCCCUGGCAGUGAGUGCUGUGGCUGCCUUCAUGUUGUCUGCUCUGACCUCCAAGGAUGGCAAAUUCAGAAUGGCUCAGAUCCGCAGUGCAGUGCUUGCUGGAGGGGUCGCCAUCAGCUGCACCACAGAGCGCAUCCACCAGCCCUGGAUUGCCAUGCUCCUGGGGCUGCUGGCCACUGGCAUCACCAUCCUGGGCUCUCACUGUGUGCAGAGGUGCUUUAAUCCUGCCUUGAAGCUCCAGGAUACUUCUGGAGUUCAUUUCACUUUUGGGUUGCCUGCUGUGCUUGGAGCUGUGGCCGCUGUUGUGCUCGCACUUGUAGAGGAUAGGAUUGACACACGACGGAAUGAAUUAUCCAGACUGGGUUAUGAUGCCUUUGUUUAUAUUGGUGCCUUCUGCCAGACCAUCAGCACUGCCCUGGUAACAGGAUUGAUUACAGGUUUGAUCUUAAACAUCAAACUGCUGAAAGCUGUGCAUGUCUCUAAGUACUUUGAUGACCAGUUUUACUGGGAGGUGAGUUUCAAAAUCAUUUCAGAUUCCCUGUGGGGGAGUUCAUUUAGCACCUUGAUGAAGAACUCCAGGUAUCUGAAUUAAAAAUAUGGAGGAAAAAAAGAGUUAUUCCUUUUCCCAGCACAAACAGUCCUUGGGCACCCUUAGGUGCUGAUGUGAGGCUGUGUCUGAAUUACAGGAAUAACAAAUGGGUGAAAAUAAGCUUUUAAUCAGCUUUUCCAUUGGUUUGGGGGUUUUCCUGUGGUGAUUUGAUGUGUUCUGAUACAGGAAUGUUUGUGUUCACAGUUUCCCCACUUGUCUGUUGGAUUUUGAGUGGAGGAUCCCAGCUGACAGACAGGACCAGGAUAAGAUUUUCCUCUUUAUCACCAGAAAAACUGAACAGCUAUGAUGGCUUCAAAGAGCACUGAAAUACCAAUGCUCAGGCCCACAAAAGCCACCCCAAUGGACACUCAAAAAUGAAACUGUUCCAGUUAUUCUUGAGAGAUACAGAGUGUAAAUUCACAAAUGUAAACUUCAGCUGCACGCAGCUUUUCUGCUUUGUUGGCCUUACCUUGAAUAUUUUUUAUAAGAUAUGUAUUCAUGGCUUCUCAAUCCAAAUGCUUGGAAACAUUAAAGUAUUUUUAGCUCCCAGGUUUACAAGGCAAAAUGAUGGAUUUGAAAGUGUCAUUUCUCAAGGAGCACUCUUAUCUAGCAAAGUCCUCAAGUUUUUAAGCUGAAUUGAUUCUGCUGAAGGCCUUGACAAGCCAGGAUUUGAUGAGUGAGCUGGAGCAGGGCCAGAACUCUGCAUCCUGCCUGCCUGAACUCCUGGAAAAACCUGGGUAUUAUAUAUAACUCCUGAAAAACCUGGAUAGUGGGAGGUUCUGAUGGCCAGGGUGGUGUUCCUGAAAGCCCUGGGGUUUGGUGCCAAGUGUGAAACACAGGGACAGCACAGGGCAGGGGGCUCAGUGCUGGCAGCACCCCAUUCUGGAGAGCAGCACCUUGGGGACGGAGCAUUCUGUGCCACUGCACCCUGGGUUUCAGUGGAUUGUGAUCCUCAGUGUUUCUUUCUUUCAGGAAUUGUUGAUGUAGAAAAUCUUUGAGCAGUGCUUACUUAAUAAAGAGUGAAAACUGAACCGUGGCUGCUUCCCUUCCUUCAGCACCCUGUGAGCAGUGAUGCCACACACAUCUUUUAUGGAAAAUCCUUUCCUUGGGAUGUUUCCUCCUGAGAAGCAGCUCCCAAACCUUCUGCACACAGCUGGGAGUUGGUACUUCCCACAUUUCACAUUUCCUCUUUAUCACUACAGGAUAAAGGAAAUAUUCAGGAAUGGAGGGGAAAGAAACAUCCCAAACCACCCCAGUUCUGAAUGACACAAGAAAAGCCACACACCAGCAAGUUUUGAAAUUGAAGAAACGGUUAUAUUGCCCAGAUAUAGGAAAUAUUUAAUAAAUAUCUGUUAAAAGGUUGUUUAAAUGCAUUUUUAAUAAGUCUUGGAGUGUAAAUAACAUCAUAGAAAGAGCUGGUUAAAUACAUCCAUGUCCCACUCUCCUUUUAUUUGUAACAAACAUCAUUUUAGAAAAGUGACUCCACUGCUGUUUGUAGGAAUUUUACGUUUCUCAAAAACACCACAACGCUGAAGUGGAUUACGUACAAGAGUAAAAAAAAUAACCAGAAUAGAGCUGAUUUAGUGCUUUCAGCUUUGCUUGAUUUCUCUUCAGACACGAUGGAAGGUUUACAAAAUGGUUUUACAAAACUCUGGGGGUGCAGGCAGAGCCCAGGGGGGUUCACUGCCACAGAUCCUCCGUGCGCCCAAACUUGAACACCAGGCCCC